AUGUUAUAAUAAUAGGAUAAUAGUAAUUUUUCUUAUCAAGUUUUAUCUUCUCAAAGUACAAAAAUCUAUGGUGUUUAAUUGGCUUUUAUAUGUGAAGAAUCCAACUUAUUUGGUUAUACUGAAUUAGAAACAAUUUGGAUAGAGGAAUUUAACAUAAAAUUUAUGGAUUAAAAAAAUAAACAAUACACUUUCCUUUCCUAUAAAUUGGAGGGACAUAGCAAUUAAAUCUAUGUCUUAGAAUAUAAUUCAAAACUUAAGCUAAUAGUUUCUGCAAAUCUAGAUGAAAUGUUGUUGUGGUAAAAAGACAUUGAUAAGCAAUGGAAGUGUAAAUAAAUGCUUAAGGUGUCAAUUUUUAAACGAUUAUUAGUUAUAAGCGAUAAAUAAAACUAAAUUAUUUUUUGCCAGAAUAGAAUUAUUGAUGUCUUUGAAAACUAAGAAAAAUAAAAUAUUUGUUAUUCUUAAACUUAAUCAAUAUCCAAUUAGUAUUGUUAAAUGGAAUCUCUCAAACUAAAUGAGCAAUAGGAUUUAUUGUUUGUCUAUAAUUACAAUUUUGAAAUUCUUAUAUUAAAAGUUCAUCAAUAGAAAUGGUAAAAAUUACAGCGCUUAACAAAUAUAAAAGAUAGUAUUUUUGUUGGAGUUAAAUACCUAUUUUAUAUUGACCAUGUACCGAAAGAUCUAAAUUAUAUUUAUUAAAUUUUUGCACUCAAUACCAACAACUAAUAAUUCGAACGAAUUAAUUAGGUUAAAAUUUAGGAAUUAGAAUUGAAUGAGGAUGAAUCAUCAUUUUUUAUACCUAAUUAAACAAUUAAAUGUUGUAAAGUAUAUCAUUCAUCUUCAAGGGGUGCUAUCUCCUAUAGAAGUACAAUGUCAGGUUUUCAAAGAGUAAUGGCAAUCUCAUAAAAAGGAUUAUUUAUUGUAAGACUAGAUUUUUCAACAUAAACAAUUAAAAUAUUUAUCUAUACCUAAAAUAGAUGA